AUUAAUUGCUGUCCACAAACCAGCUUCAUCGUUAUAUUUUUACACUCGCGACUCUUUAUGGGUAUGUAAUGUGACGUUUCCAUAUGAUCUGUCUCUCGCGUGGGGGUGUGUGUGAGUGUGAGCGCGUAUUGUGCGCGCGCCUCCCCGACGCUCCACAGCCCCGUGGAGCUGUUGUUCUCAGAGAGCAGCCAGGAGGACAAUCAGACGGACUGCUGGAUUAGAGCGACAAAAGAGAAAGUGCCGUCUUUAAAUAAAAAGUCUUCUUUGGCUCUCAUCGCUCCUCGGUUUUCUUUCACCUUUUUUUUUUUUAGUCAACGCGCUUUCGGGUGAUCCCUAAACGGUUUCCGCGGUGGCGCACAGACCGGUAUGGAUUUACCAGAGACUAGACGAGACACGCCGUCUAGUCCUCCACCAAAGUUUUGAUUGUCACCGUUGCCUCUCGACCCCGGAGCGGAGGGAAGGCGCCCAACUUUGACGCAGCGUUUGGCGGAAAGUGGAGACCACAUGUGAGGACGUUUGGAGACAAAUAUUUUUGUCGGAGCGUCUUUUUUUGUCGCUGCUUCUCUCCUACAUCUCUCAUGGGGUGACCCACAUAGAGCUCCUGAGACGAGACUGUGGGACCGGCCGUCUCCCUCCCAGGCCGUCUUCCUGUCCGCCCCUUAAAGGCGAUGAUUAUCAGCUGAGACGCUCCGCACGACUCCACUGUGUGAAUGAAUCUUUGCCGUAAAGCCGCUGUGCUCUGCCACCCUGUCACCAUGAAGAGCAAGUACUCCCAAUACUACAACCAGAGCCUGAUCCACUCCUACUAUGCCUUCGCCAAGAACAUGACCACCCAGGAGCUGGCGAAGCGCAUCGAGAACAAGAAGCAGCUCACGAGCCUCAACAUCGUCAUCGUGGUCCUCUGCACCAUCAUCAUCCUGGAGAACCUGCUGGUCCUCAUCGCCGUGUUCCGCAACAAGAAGUUCCACUCCGCCAUGUUCUUCUUCAUCGGCAACCUGGCGUUCUCUGACCUGCUGGCAGGCUCGGCCUACAUAGCCAACAUUUUCCUGUCGGGCUCGAGGACCUUUGACCUGAUGCCCGUGCAGUGGUUCAUCCGGGAGGGCACGGCGUUCAUCGCUCUGGCUGCGUCGGUCUUCAGCUUGCUGGCGAUCGCCACGGAGCGCUACAUCGCCAUCACCAAGGUCAAGGUGUACGGCUCCACCAAAACCUGCCGCAUGUUCCUCCUGAUAGGAGCCUGUUGGGUCACCUCCAUCCUGCUCGGAGGACUUCCCAUCAUCGGCUGGAACUGCAUCAACGACCUCCCCGAAUGCUCGGCCGUAUUGCCGCUCUACUCUAAGAAGUACAUCCUCUUCGUGGUCACCAUUUUCAGCCUCAUACUACUCUCCAUUGUCAUCCUCUACGUGAGGAUCUAUUUGAUUGUGCGCUCCAGCCACCAGGAGGCGGCCAACUCGCCCGCCUAUGCCCUUUUGAAAACGGUCACAAUAGUGCUGGGCGUCUUCAUCAUGUGUUGGCUGCCCGCGUUUACCAUCCUCCUCCUGGAUUCAUCGUGCAGGAUACAGUUCUGCCCCAUCCUCUCCAACGCGGACAUCUUUUUUGGCUUCGCCACGCUGAACUCGGCGCUGAACCCCGUGAUCUACACGCUGCGCAGCAAGGACAUGAGGAAGGAGUUCCUGCGCGUGUUGUGCUGCUGGGGGGUGCUGCAGAGCGGGCGGCCGGCCGACCGGUGUCUGGUCCCUCUGAAGAGCUCCAGCUCUCUGGAACACUGCACCCACAAACAUGAACACCAGACCACACCAAUCAUGCAGGACUGUACCACCUGUGUCUGACACGGUGCAAACACAUUAGAGAGAGAGAGUGUGUGCAUGUCUGUGUGUGUGUGUGUGUGUGUGUGUGUGUGCGUGCGUGCGUGCGAGUGUGCAUGUGUGGAAGAAGAGAGGCCGUGCUGUGAUGGAGAGACGUUAAAAGAGACACUCUGGACUGAGACGCCUGGCAGGGCGACAACGCGGGCCUUUUUCUUGUUACAAUCAAAAAGUGUGUGAAUUCACAAUCUGCAUUCGAUUGAUUGCGGCGGGUGUAAAAACGAAAGAGGGAACCAAUUCAGCAAGAGGGAACUGUCAGAAAUGUGAAAAUAGCUUCUUUUCUUUUCAUCGAUACUCUCAUUAAUUAAGAUGGAGUUGCAAACCAUUUUCAUGUAUAUGCCUGUCGUCUUGUUUUUCUUUCUAAACAUGUAAACUCCUAUUAAGAGGCACGAUUAGAAACUGUAACGUGCAUACUAUCGUAGUUAUGGCGAGUUGUUUUCGGUCCCUUCGGGAACUGCAGCUGUGCAAAGUUGCACCUGUAGAUUACUUCAAAGGCUGUUGUCUUUUGUACGGUUGAACCACAUUACCCUCCUAUAGUGAUUUGUGUAAACAUCAGACACACAGAUCCACCACUUGCUCUUCACAGGGCUGGAGACACUGAUCAGCUCCACUGAAGCCAAGUUACCACGAGUGCUCCCUCAACUAAAACCAGGGCUAUAUAUUCCCCAUAUAACCUUGCUUAAACCAUUUGAUUAACUACAAAAGGAAUUACAUAAUCUGCUUUACAUAAAUUACAUAAUGCAUGAAAAUUCUAACUUAUUUGUAAGUGCUAAUGUAUGUAUGAUAUAUUCCAGCUCCAGCUUCCAUCACCACCCUUCCCUCGUCUGGUCUCAUAAUCUGCCCCUCUUGCUUUUACUGUUGUCUUUUGUAUCUUAACAGUUUCCGUGGAGGAAGGCCUAAUCAGAAAGCACAUUUCCUGAAGUGAGUUGGCACUGAUGCGUUUCAUUCAAUGUCAGCUGUCCAGCAGCUUUGACUAAUGGGGCCGAGGUCCCGACAGUGUUGUAGCAACAAUGUGCCGUCUCAGUUUGUGCCUUCCUCUUGGGGAAAUUCGGCUGAAUGUAUGUAUGAAGUGUUUCGGGCGAGCGCUCCAUUGUCGACAGUAUUAUUGAUCAUCCUUUUUGAAUUACCAAGUCAUUGACGAGCAGCGAGUGGGAUGAACAGGGUAGGUCACUCUCACUGUGAAGUCUGAAAUAGCGCCAUGAACAAAACAAAAAAAACAAUGUUGUGAACAUCCUGGUUUAAUUUUCUGGCCAUAUGCCUUGUGCAGCUAAAGAUGUAAACACGUCUCAUCUUUCCAAAGACACCCCCCCACCCCUCUCCUCCCCAACAAAAUACGAGAAGAUCCGGUUCCAAAUGCACAGGGGGAGGGAUCUGCCCUCCAGGGAGGUCACCUUCAUCCUCAUCUCUGACAUCCUACAACAUGGCACUUCCUCCAGCCACGGGAAGUCCUGUUUUUCAUUGUCCGGUUCCUGUUGUUCGGGGUUACGCUAACCGUUUCCCUAUGGACACGCAUUUAAAACUCGUCUCUCCCUCAGUGUUUUUGAUAUUGACAUUUAGAUGACCAAGUAGAAAUGGUGAAAAGCACUUUGGCAGCUUCAGUGAUGUUUGCUUUCCCCCAGUUUUUUUUUUCUUCAAUGGAGAGGUAUUUGAAACUACGUACCUGUCCCUUCAUUGUGUUGCUUGACUCUGUGAUGUUUUAUAAUAAAUACAUGAAUAACUAUGUAUGUUUGUAUGUAAGUAUGUAUGUAUUUUUGUACAGUAUGUAUGAUUUGUGUUGAAAUGUCUUGUGUGCAAUAGCCUUUUGUGUCCAAUAGCACGCUGCCUGUGUUAAAUCGGUACAAUCUGAAACACUAAUGUAGGUACAUAAACGUUUUGUUAAUUGCAUUCCCUUUUUUAUAAAAAUAAAAGAAAUACUGAAAGAAA